AUGUCACAAUCCCUUAUAAUCUUCGAACCUUCGGGAAAGGUCAUCUACCAAUUCAACAACAAGAUCUCGCCCUUUAAUGACUUCAUUUACUCCCUCGUCAACCAAACAUGCACAGAACUCGAUAGUGCCUUCUCCACGGCCGCUGUUGCCCAAAAAAGAUUUUACUGUCUUCAAAAUGACACAUUGUAUGCUGCAUUGUACUUCGAUGUGGUCUCGACGCUAGAUAGUGAGAAGGUGCGGCUGUGUCUUGACGGAGUUCUCAAAACGUAUUCCAAGUUAUGUGAAGAUGACCAUGCAAAGAUGGCGAAGUUGAUAGAGUUCCAAUUCCAGACUUUGGUCCAGCUUCGACUUACACUUACAGAUGCGGAAGGUUCGGGCGAGAGGCCAGUUUCAAAAGCGUCGACUCCAGUGCCAAAUCUGGGAACAUCUACACCUGUGAAGGGAAAGAAAUCUACACCUUCGAAGAAAAUGCGUAAGUGGGUCAACGGUGAACUUGUAGACGCAGUCGAUGAUGGUGCUCUUGACUACUCUAAUGCUGCAGAUCUGCUGUCUGCAGCUGAGGGAACUGGGGCUGCCAAGGUUCAACUUAACCAAGCUGCAUUCGAGAAACAAGACAAUUUGGUCCUUCUAAGAGAAUUGAACGAUGUCUUGGGCGAUGCUGAGGAUGACGAGGACGAUGAAGGUGAUAAAGAUGGCUCCGCCUCCGGGGUAACUUCCGGCUUCUUCUCCAAGAUCUCGUCUUACUUUGGCGCCUCUGUAGACAUCAACGAGGUGUCAAAGAAGUUUAUCGAACAACUCAUCUCUAAGAACAUUGCGCCUGCUACUGCCGCUGCCAUCAUUGAAAAAAUCAAGGCCCGUCUCUCGUCUAAAACCGUCACUGUUCCCGUUUUUAAACAGGCCCUCACAGAUGAACUCACUAAGAUCUUGACUCCUAAUGUAUCUACAGACUUGCUUCAUGACAUCAAAAAACGUCCACUGGGUAGGCCUUAUGUCAUCUCUGUUGUUGGUGUUAACGGUGUGGGUAAGUCAACAAAUUUGGCCAAGCUCGCUUACUGGUUCCUCCAGAACAACAUGAGUGUGCUUAUCUGCGCCUGUGACACCUUCAGAUCUGGAGCUGUGGAGCAAUUGAAAGUUCAUGUCAACAGCUUGAAAAACCUUAAUUCUGGUUCUGCUCGCAUUGACCUUUUCGAGAAAGGUUAUGGUGGAGGUGACCACGUCGUCAAUACUGCCAAGCUGGCAAUUGCCUACGGAGCUGCUGAAAACUAUGACAUUGUAUUGAUUGAUACUGCUGGAAGAACUCAUUCGAACGCCAAGCUUAUGGCUCCUCUUAAGAAGUUUGGUGAUGCCGCUAAUCCCGAUAAGAUCAUUAUGGUGGGAGAGGCUCUUGUUGGAACUGACUCUGUAGAGCAAGCAACUAAUUUUGACAAUGCUUUUGGAAAUCGCAGAGGCCUUGAUUUCUUCAUUAUUUCGAAGGUCGAUACCGUGGGCGAUCUAGUUGGUGCAAUGAUCAACAUGGUCAUGGCCACUAAGGUACCAAUCCUUUUUGUUGGAACUGGCCAGACAUACACUGAUAUUAACAAAUUAAGUGUGAAGAGAGUUGUUGAUAUGCUUACGUCAUGA